AUGGGUCCGAGUGUUAUUUUGAUGUCAGUGAAGGAGCUCGACUUUUGCAAGCAACACAGACUUCUCUUGAAAUCUUCUUCUGGAAUCAUGCUCGAUGCCUGUGUUGUUUUCGGUUGUAGCAGAACAGCCGAUCCCCAAAGAGGUAUCAGGCUUCAUAGAAUUCCUUCCUUUGAUGAUCCAUGUGAGGAAAUCAUUAAAAGACGACGGAAAUGGGUGAACUUUGUCCAGCAGAGGAGAGCUAAAUGGAAGCCAACCAAGCAUUCAAAAAUCUGCUCCUUACAUUUUAAAAGGGAAUAUUUUACUCGGAUGUUUACCCUUCUUUCCGGGCAGAAAAUCCCAUCUAGUCCACGCCUGAAGGAAGACAAUCUGGGGCCUUGUGUCUUUCCCAGUAUACAAGCAAACAGCCCUGAAUUCAAAGGCUCUGCUACCAAACCUCAGUCAGCUCGAGCCAAAAUGUCAAUUGCCAGAAAGGUGAGAAAUUCAACUAAUACACUACUAAUAGAAAUACUUAAGCUUUAUACAUAUUCUCAAGCUUUUGCAAAAUCGUUUAAGUUUAGCAGUUUAUUUAUAAGCUUUCUUUUUUUAGAUUGUCAAAGAGAUGCAGGCAUCAAGCAGCACGAAAACAUUUACUGCUGGCGAGGAAAAUUCUGCAAAAGCUGACGAGAAUUCCAGGGAAGAGAAGCAUGUCAGGGAGGUGAAAACUGUCGAACUGCCUGAAGAAGAAGCAUCCACCGUGGAAGUUGAGAGCAAGAUUGGGGUUGUAGCAACUGUGGUGAAGUACAAAAUGAGAUACGGAUGUUAUGAAAUCAAGUGAAGUCGCUUCAGGCUAAAUUGGGCGUGCAUCGAAAAGACAAAAAGAAGAUUAACCUGAGGCUAAGUGAGUACUUUAUUUAUCACCAUUUCACUGGUUUAUUCGUAAUGAAUGGAAGAAAUGAAUGUUAGAUUCUUUUCCGAGUACAUGUACCCUCAACCAUCUGCGAAUUUUUCCAAAUCUAUAUAUUUUUAUAAUUUUGUCUCAUGUGUAGAUGUAUAAGAAUGAGGAAAACCAAAACUACCAGCUUUCUAUCAUAAAAAAUAGUUGAUAGUUUAUCAAGUGUACUUAUGUUUUUCUCUACCAAGCAGUUUUGGACAUAUCACCAAAGAAAAUGAAUCGACCUUACAUGUACAUGCCAAAGGUGGGGAUGCCAAUAGGGAUAGUGAUGAUGAUGAUGAUGAUGUUUAUGACUAUAACGUGCAUAAGAAGUCUGAUAAAGAAGGAGGUGGCACAGGUGACACCGAGACAGAAACGGAUGAGACUAUCGAGACUGAUGAGACAAAGAGAGAUUGA